AUGCGAGGUACAUUUCUUCUUACACCGUGGCUCCAUGGAGUCGUUUACAAAUCAAACCAAAAUGCAAUAAACAAGACUAAGUCAAGACUCCUGGCUAGCCUUGUCGGCUCAGGCAAAAUCGACAAGGCGAUUAUCGCCGCUCUUGAAGGCGAUUCCAUUUGGGCCGCUUCGCCGAAUUACAACAUCAGCCCUGAUGAGUUGAGGAUCAUCUCCGAGAUCCUCCUGGGCUCCGAGCGCGAGCGUGACAACGCCUUCGCUGACGGCCUCUACGUGGCUGGGGAGCGCUUCGUCCUCGCUCGGGCAGAGGACAGGAGUAUAUGGGCGUGCGCAGGCCGAAGUGGAAUUGCCAUCGCCAAAUCAAAGCAGGCGAUAAUAAUUGGGCAUUAUGGCGAGACUUCAGUAGCUAGUAACGCAUAUUCCACUGUCGAUGCCCUUGCAGACUAUUUGAUCUCAGUUGGCUAUUGAGGAUCGAUGGAGCGGCGAUGAGGCUAGGCUGUGAAAGUCAGGUUCUAUAGUUUACAAUAAGAGGCAA